AGUGUUGCGUCUUUUUUGACGUCUACCUGACGUGUGUUCAUGUCUUCACCAAGUUUGACAACUUUUAGUCGUUAAUUAAUCAUUAAAACAUUUUUUAACAUAAAUAUUGAUUAGAAUAGUUGGCAGUUGAGUAGAUGUUUAUUUGUUGGGUGUUGAGUUGAGUGAUAAGUUGAGACAACUCUACGUGAAGUGACUUGUCUUGUGAUGUGAACCGGUGUGUAAAUAAAAAAGACGAUGCUGAAAAUAGGAGGCGGCGCGGCGCUCCUCGCGGCCAUAGUAGCCGUGUUCGUGGUCGCCACUCAAGGCCGAGACCCGGAGUUGGAGGCCUUGGAGCACGAGGGUCGGGAGUACAUCCUCCAGCUGGACAAGGCCACGGGACUCAGGAAGAACUUGGUCAGCAAGUCCGAGUGGGCGUAUACAGCAAAUAUCUCCAAGGAGAAUGAAGAAAGAUUUAUACAAGUCCGUCUCGACGUCUCGAAAUUGGACAAGCAGGCGUGGGAAGAGACUCGCAUGUACAAAUGGCAGGUCUGGCAGGACACCACCUUGAAGAGGAUGUUCAAGAAGUACAGUGAGCUGGGAGUGGCGGCGUUGCCAGAUGACAAGUACACGCAGCUGAUGAGGUCGGUGUCCGGGAUGGAGGCGAAUUAUGCCACGUCCAAGAUCUGCUCGUACAGAGACCCUAACAAAUGUGACUUGGCUUUGGAACCAGACAUCACCGAGAUCUUCGCCAAGAGUCAAGACCCUGAGGAGCUGAAGUACACUUGGGUGGAGUGGCACAAACAAGCUGGUGCCAAGGCUCGGCAUAACUUCACCCAGUACGUCAAUCUGUACAACGAAGCAGCUAAACUUAAUGAUUACAAAGACGUGGCCGACUGGUGGCAAGCAGACUAUGAAGUUCCCGAUUUCGAGGCUCAAAUGCAGGAGUUGUGGGUGGAGCUGAAGCCGCUAUAUCAACAACUACACGCGUAUGUGAGGAAGCGAUUGCGGGACAAGUAUGGAGACCAGGUCGUGUCCGCAAGGGGACCCAUACCAGCCCAUUUAUUAGGUAACAUGUGGGCACAAACGUGGAAUAACAUUGAAUCUUUCACCCGGCCUUACCCGGAUAAGAAGGAAAGCGACGUGACCCAAGCUAUGAAGGACCAGAACUACACAGCACAUAAGAUGUUCGAAAUGUCAGACGAGUUCUUCAGGUCAUUGAACCUGACGGCCAUGCCGGAGAAAUUCUGGCAGAAUUCCAUAAUAGAGAAGCCGACGGAUAGAGAGAUUGUGUGCCAUGCGUCAGCGUGGGACUUCUAUGAUGGUGAAGACUUUAGGAUCAAACAGUGUACCACAAUAGAUUACGAGUAUUUUCAAACGACUCACCAUGAAAUGGGCCACGUCCAGUACUUCCUACAAUACAAAGACCAACCGAUAGUAUUCCGCGAUGGCGCAAACCCAGGGUUUCAUGAAGCCGUUGGAGAUACGAUAGCUCUGUCGGUGUCAUCUCCUAAACACUUACGUAGAGUUGGCCUGAUAAAUGGCGACACUGAAGACGAACAGACCGAAAUUAACCAGCUGUACAAAAUGGGUAUAGACAAGAUAGUGUUCCUCCCAUUCGCGUACACACUAGAUCUAUUCCGAUACGGCGUGUUCCGAGGCACCACUACGCCUGAGGACUACAACUGCCACUUUUGGAGGCUGAGGGAGGAGCUCCAGGGUGUGGAGCCUCCUGUUAAUAGGACUGAGGAAGACUUUGAUGCCGCCGCAAAGUACCAUGUCUCCGCUAACGUGGAGUAUGCUAGAUACUACGUGUCCUUCAUUAUCCAGUUUCAAUUCCACCGCGCCCUGUGCAGCCACGCCGGCGAAUACAUCCCCGGCGACAUCACCAAGAAGCUGGUCGACUGCGACAUCUACCAGAGCAUCGCUGCUGGAAAUGCUUUAUCAAACAUGCUCAAGAUGGGCUCUUCCAAGCCUUGGCCGGACGCGAUGGAGGCGCUCACAGGCCAACGAGAGAUGAAGGCUGACGGUCUACUGGAGUACUUCCGACCACUGCACGACUGGCUCACGGCGGAGAACCAGCGGACUGGGGAGUACAUCGGUUGGGAGUCUAGUAAUAUGCAAUAUUGUACCCAAGAGCAAUGGGCAGCAAUCAACGCCAAAGAAGCGACAGAGGCGACACAGAAGCCGGCGACGUGACGAGCGAAAGUACUUAACUCAUUAGUCUAAUUUAUAGUAGGCGCGUCAGUAUUCAUAAUAAACUGUUUUUAAGAUAGUA